AUGAGUUGUUUAUUAUUUUUCAACUUUAUUCUAUUACUUUUUGCUAUAACACUUCUCUUAUUGGGUAUAACAACAUCAAGAUGGCUUGUUAUUGUUGAUAAUAAUACAAGUUAUAUAUCUAGUGAAAAUUCAAAUGGUAUUGUAUCAUCGUGUCAACGACUUUAUCGUCAAGGUAAUACAGAUAAAUACAUAACUGUAAACAAUGAAACAAAUAGUAUUAAUCAAUAUAUAUAUGAUGAUGCUUAUGUAUGUUUUAAUCGAUUACUCAAAUGGUAUAAUGCAUCUAUGGUUGGACCUGAAUUAUUAGUCGUAUUGGCAUUGAUUACAUUAGCAUUAUUUCUUGGUUUUGAACGUCUACAAACAUUAACAGCUUAUGGUUUCUCAUUUUGGUCAUUUGUAGCCGGUACAAGUUGUGUAUUUAUUAGUUGUAUUCUUACAGCAGUUUAUCGUAUUGAUGUGGAGUUUGAAUUUCGUCGUUAUCGACAUGAAUCAGUAGCAACACUUUGCUAA